AUGGUGGUCGAGGUAAAACCGUUCACCCCCUCGCUUGCUGUUUACGAUGUCGGGGGCGCGCAUCGCCUAUUCGAUACUGGCGCUCUCUUGAGUCUGUAUCUUCAGAAUACUCCCUAUCCUGAGGUGGGACCCCAUGGUAAGCUGAGGCUACCUUUUAACUGUGCUGACGGGAUUUAUAGAACGAUCAAGGGGCUAGGCUAUUCACGUAUUUUAUUAUUUAUUCCUAGUCUGGGUUUUCCAGCAAAUCUAACUAACCGACCUCCCUCCAGAUAUAAUAGAUACACUUCGAGUGAUAUAUUAUUAGCCCUUUCCCGUUCAUUCGAUUUCAACAGGUUUUCAAGCUAUCUUCGUGGACUGGCGUGGGAGAACCGUCUGACCCCUACGGCUAAAGUAGCCUCUCUGGCGUGUCAGUGUCACGACUGUGAAAGUGGUUCUGGUUGCGGUGCGGUCGGUCCUACUCAAGGAUAGGAUCCUUUGCUGAUGGUCCCAGGUCAACACCUAUUUACCUUUAGCGUCCCCAUAUUCCAGAGGGCGGGUAGAGACGAACCCUCCGAAUGGCACGGUGGGAUCAAGGAAGUUAGGGAGGAUGGAAAUCUCUUCAUGAUACCCAAUGUUUACCAGUGAGUGGCCAACCAGUCUCAAGGCAACCACAUGCUUACGACAAUCAAAGAGGUCGGCCGGAGGAGUUCAUGUUAUCUUCGGCUCAUGCUCAGGUGUUUCUGUAUCCCUUUGGGAAUUGGCAGCACAGAACCUCCCGCAUUGAAGCCCUCAUCUGCAGGGAUGGUGUCGCCUCGGGUCAGCUACACUCUGUACCGGCAAACUACGUCCUUGACUUGUUGACCGCUGCUUGCGCGGGGUGGGAGGACUUGAUUGAGUGUUCCAGAAAGUUUCUCUCUCAGAUGGUGUGAAUCCCGGAUCAGCUGCUGAUUCCCGCGAAGCCAUUAACCUGAAUGUUCGCCAUCCAGAAACACGAGAUACUCGGGGAAUCGACAGUGAAUGACAGACAAAUAAUUAGACGGUUGGCACGAAACGCUCAGCAAUGGGAAAGGCUGCGAAGUCUUCACAGGGAUCACCUUCAAGGUCUAUCGGGAUUGGAAACCCUGAGUACCGAAGCACGAUGGUUUGCUGGGAGCGACGACGAAGGUGGGGUGGCCACUUACUCAAACAUUCUAGAAGCUGUCAAGAGCCUAGAGGAUAUUGGCGGGAGAAUCGAGCACUUGGUGCAAGAGACAAACUCGCUAAUCCAAACCGUACGUGGAGUUCCUGGACAUCGUGUGUGUGUGGACUUUUAGUGACAUUCGUCCAGACGUCGAAUUUAAUUACCAUCGAAGGGGGGUACAGAUCGAGGGACCAAGGCGAGAGCAUCAGGCGCAUCACUUGGAUCACUGUAUGAUUCCGCCCCCACGAGCGUGGUCUGGGAACCAUGGAAACUGAUUUUGCAUUGGGGGUUUUAAAAGUUUAUCUUUCUACCGCUCCUAUUUGUCGCGGUUUGUCAACGUUCCUACGAGAUACUCUUCCCUUCUAAUACAUUUCUUUGUAGAGUCUGUUCGGCAUGAAUGUGGACGUUCUGGAAGACAAUCCCUCAUGGCUAUACUUCGUUUACCUAUCGAUACCCAUGAUACUCGCGAUAUUACUCGCUACAGCAAUCUUGAAGCACUCCAAGAGGCAGGUAAAAUGGAUCCUCGAUACGUAUGGGCUGCGAAAAAAGGCCGCCGAAGCCCCGAAACCAGAACUACUUUCCGUCAAGAUUGACAGGGACGAUGGCUGCCAAAGCCCUAAUUUGAUAUGGGCAGCAAAGACAGGCCAGGAGGCCCUUGUCCGUUUGCUGCUGGAUACGAACGUUGAAAUUGACGCGAAGCAGGAUGGACUUACCGCCCUGCACUGGGCAACACGAUAUGCGCAUGGCCGCGUGGCAGAUAUGAUAGCAUCGCGGGCAAAGUGCGUCAAUACGAUCGACGAGCUCGGAUGCACUCCUCUUCACUGGGUUGCUCGUAAUGGCCUAGCAGACCUCGCCCCAGUUCUUCUCGAGAAAGGAGCGGAUCACAACGUCUUGGAUAACGAAGGGAUGAGUCCUUUGGAGUGGGCAAUACUGAAUGGAAAUUUGAAUAUCUACACCAUUAUUUCAGAGCUUGAUGAGGAUGAUGGGCCUGUGAAGACGGAAUUGCACUCAGCGAUAGGAAUGGGAUCCCUCCAUGAGGUUCUGCGACUACUGAGCCUCGGGGUUUCCCUUGAGGUAAAGGAUGACGAAGGCAGAACGCCCCUCCACCUUGCGAUAGACCUUAAGAGCCGUCCAAUCGUUGAAGCCCUGCUUCAGAGAGGUGCAGAUAUAGAAGCGGCAGAUCUCGAUGGGCACACCGCAUUACAUUUGGCAGUUAUGAAUGGUGAUGUAGACCUGGUCCGUGUUUUAACAUCCUUCAUGGCAAAUGUGGAAGCGAAAGGCACACGCAUGAGGCGUCCGAUGCACCUCGCAGCGCAAAACGGCUCGGAAUCAAUUGUCGAUGCCCUAAUACAGCGCGGCGCAAUGCCACACCCAGCGGACAGCGAAGGCAACCUACCGCUCCAUCUUGCAGCCGGACACGGCCACCACAAAGUGGUGAAGCAAUUGAUAGAUAUAGCGCCCAGCGGGUCAUUGUCGAGUGUAAUUAACACCCGGAACUCCUUCCAACACACGCCACUCCACCUCGCGGCAAAUCAGAACAUCGAAACGGUGGCCGAGCUACUAAAAGCUGGAGCGAACGUCGACACUGCCUCAGGUCCCGAAAAUGCCACCCCAUCCAUGCUCGCAGCGCGGUCCGGAAAGGGCGACAUCCUGGAAAUGCUGCUACAUCACAUGCCAGCCCCAACAGACGCCCUCCUCUCCGAUCUCUUGAGAAUCGGCUUCGAGCACAGCCACGCAGGGGUAGUCAGCGCCCUGCAAAACCGCGGCGUGCGCAUCGGGCAGACAGCCUUGGACAGCGGCACCACCUGGCAAACCUUCAAAUCCGGCAACCUCGAACUCUCAAAAAUCUUCCUGGCAAACGGCUUCGACGUGAACACCAUCGGGCCCCUCGGCAUGACGGCACUGCACUUUGCGGCUGGAAGUGGCAGCCUAUCAAUGGUGCACCAACUCCUCAACCAUGGAGCGGACAUCUCCAUCGCCGACGAGUGGGGCUGGACCCCGCUGCACGCUGCCUCCUCCGCCGGCCACGACAAGGUGGUUGCCCUGCUGUUGAUGCAUGGCGCGGAUAAGGAUGCCAAGGAUGUGUACAAGUGGUUGCCCGUCCAUCUUGCGGCAGCCUCUAUGCACGAUGCAGUUGUCAGGGUCUUGACCAACGGGUUGAUGGAGAGUCGGGAUGUUAGGGACUACCCGAAGGAGGAGAAGGUUGUCACUGCUCCACCAGCGCCGGAGGUCCGCGAGUCGGAAGGGUUUGUGAUCAGCGAGUUGAUGUCUGGCAUGUAA